GAAGAGGCACCCGCCGUCGGCAACCGGGACUCGCCGUCCGAGACCACAGACGCGAUAGUCAAUAAUUGCCUUUGGGGUGCACCGGAUCGGUUCGGAGAGAGCGCGACCGUGGCCAACGUGCAACGACCGACUGACGACCGACACGCCGGAGAACGCAAACCACGAACCUCGUGGUUCAACGCCGAGAGGGUGGCAACCUAGGGGAGGAUGAUACGCGUGGACGAGACUGACCCGGUGGGCGAGAUCGAGCCGACUUUUCCGUAUCAGGAUGUGACGAUACGUCGCAACGUAGAGUUCAAGGAUCAUUACGAGAUCCAGUCGGAGAUCGGACGGGGAAAAUUUGGCACCGUGUAUCGAUGCAAGGAGAAAGCAAGUGGUUUGAUGCUAGCCGUGAAGGUGGUGAACACUGUGAAGAAAGAGGACAGACGGUCCGUGGAACGGGAAGUUGAAAUCAUGAGACGGCUUCAGCAUCCACGACUUAUUCAGCUCUACGAUGCCAUCGACACGAGCAGGCAGAUCUACGUUAUUUUAGAACUGAUCGAAGGUGGCGAGUUAUUCGAGAGGGUGAUAGACGACGAUUUCGUGUUGACCGAGCGCAGUUGUGCGGUUUUCAUGCGACAAAUCUGCGAGGGCAUAGAAUUCAUUCAUCGCCAGAACAUUCUGCAUCUUGACUUAAAGCCUGAGAACAUAUUGUGCUUGACGAAGGAGGGAAACAGGAUUAAGAUCAUAGACUUCGGCCUGGCGAGGGAAUACGAUCCGAAGAAGAAACUGCAGGUUCUAUUUGGCACGCCCGAGUUCGUUGCACCGGAAGUCGUAAAUUUCGAUCAGAUUGGUUUUGGUACCGACAUGUGGAGUAUAGGCGUCAUCUGUUACGUACUGUUGUCCGGUUUGUCUCCAUUCAUGGGGGACACGGACAUCGAGACAAUGGCGAACGUCACCAUCGCCAAGUACGACUUUGACCACGACGCCUUCGCCGACAUAUCCGAGGACGCGAAAGACUUUAUCCGCGGUCUUCUAGUGAAAGACAAAGAAAAACGAAUGUCGGCCGCGCAAUGCAGGGAGCACCGGUGGCUGGCCAGAAAGCCGAUCAAGCAGCAGGUCGAGCAAACGGCGAUGGAGCUGAACGAGAAACCCGAAAUCCCCGAUCAGAUCGUGGAUGUUUCACGGGUGGAGAACAACGUGGAGGAGCUGGACGUGACCAAGGACAACUUGAGGCUGUUCGUCGAACGUUGGCGCGAGCACCCGGACAGUCCUUACAUGAUCGACUUCCCGCCAGGCACUCUGGCCCAGCUGAGCUCGUUUCGCGACCCCGACGACGUGGUGUCGCUGAUGGGGCACAGUCCGUCCCCGUGCGCCAGCAUUUGCAGCACACCUUCCGAAACGGCGGACACACCGCCUCGAGAGAAUCACAGCUUCCUCUCGGUACCAAGUUUCGUGAACUUCGAGAGGAGAGCCUCCGAAGGUGUCGCCGCGGAGAAGUCUCGAGCCGAUCCAGCCAGUCAGAUCGUUCUAGCCGAGGAGAUCAUCAAACUGUCCGAGCAUCUGCGCUCCAUAGCGAUGGGCACGUGUGCACAGUCGAACGAGGAGGACGAGCAGUCGAGCAAAAAGUCCGACAGAACCGACGGAAGAACGAAGAGCAACAGAAACGGCGUCCACUCGAGAUCCAACGGAAUGGUAUCGUCCGAGAGUACCAAGAGCAACGAGAUCACAGAGAAGCUCUCGAGCAUAGCGCGUCACAGGAAACUGAACGGAACGACCUUCCACAGCAGCCGUAGUUUCGAAAAACACCCGGAGACGAGUUCUGGGAACAUGUUCGCGUCGUUGAAGAAGAAGCAGAACGCCAAUGGGUCGAGCUCAGCGACGAAGAGGGACGACAGAACGUCUCGGGAGGAAACUGCCAGCGAACCCGACAAUUCUGCUAGGUAUCCUUCUUUGUAUAUACCGCCGUUCGAACGAACGGCGGAGAACUCUGCCGCGGGCAACGAGGCAACUCGGAUACUGGAGAACAUCGACGGUGAGAUGGACCUGACGCCACCAUGGCGACGACCACGCGUCAAACACAUGUUCGGGGAGACCAGUCGGGACGUUCCUCGAAUUUCGGGACUGCACAACGUCCAUAAAAAUCUGAACCUCGACGAACCGACCAGCACCAAGGAUCUGCUGCUGCAUCUGCUCGAGGAAUGGGACGAAGUUGCCACGAGGCCUUCCGGCGUGGGAAGGAAGUCCGUGAGCGUCGAUUGGGGCGGAGAGGAAUCCGUGGGCAGGAAAACUAUGAACUCUCUGGCCGAGUAUUUUCAGUCGAAGCAACAGAAACCGACGUCUGCAAUCAACUCGACGGCGUCGGACUCGAUACAUCGUUGAGUCAGCUUCCGGUAUCGAGACGGGGACCAACGUUGUAUUUGCUUGGCAUUGCUCGCGACAGUGAAGCACUCGGAGCAAUGCGGGAAGCAUGAUUUACGGGGACAAUUGGAUUAUUUUAUAUGCAUCGUCGUUUCCUUUUUCUUUGAGGGUUGUAAAUAGGAUAUAUGCUGCACAUAUGAUGCACUCUCUUUAACGAGAAGCACAGGGGUUGAUAUUUGUUUAAAAUAUUCUUUGAAAUGUAAUAGAAUAAUAUAUUUGGUAUACAUACGUAUAUUUUCGUGGACAACGAAAGAGGGAGCAUAUCAAAUAAGGGAUGUGGUUAGAAGUUCGACCGCGACUUAUUAUGUAUAAUACAUGCGAAUGUGCACACUUGUAAAACCUUAUUCGUACGAUAAUAUAAUACGAUAAUACAAUCUUCCUAUCGAGAUUGUAGAGAAAUCGUGUUCGCGUGUCUGUGCGUAUACCCUUGCUUUAUUGUCUUAUUUAUACUAUAUAUUUAAUACAAAAGAUCAUGAAAUUAAAGCUGUGGACAAUUUCAUUUCACGAGUACCUGUUGCAGCUAGGACUAUUUU